AUGAUGAAUCCCCAAAGAAACAAGUUCGUAAGGUUUAAUGAAAAUAGCGAAUACUUGACGAAAACUACAAGACCAUCAGUAACGUCAGUUAUGAAAACCGUUAGACGAAGCUUCGAAAUAGGCUCAGAGAAAAUCAGAACCUUUAAGCAGCCAUUAACCUUCCAUUCUCUGAAUAACAAAGAGAAGAAGCAUAAGAAGAAAAAGACGACACUAGCAGUGAUGAAUCCAAACGACUCCUAUCUCCAAAACUGGAACAAGAUUUUCUUGCUGCUAUCCGUUGUGGCAUUAGCCUUCGACCCUCUGUUCUUCUACAUCCCCGUGGUGAAUCCGGACAGGUUCUGUCUUAACCUAGACAAGAAACUCGAGGCCGUCGCAUGCGUUUUCCGAACUUUCAUCGACGCGUUCUACGUGGUUCACAUGCUCUUCCAGUUUCACACCGGUUUCAUCGCUCCUUCCUCACGUGGAUUCGGAAGAGGAGAGCUUGUCGAGAAUCAUAAAGCCAUUGCUUUAAGAUACCUCCGCUCGUACUUUUUAAUCGAUCUUCUCUCGAUCCUCCCUAUUCCUCAGGUGGUUGUUCUAGCUGUUGUUCCAAGGAUGGGAAGACCCGCGUCGCUGGUAACGAAAGAGCUACUGAAAUGGGCAAUCUUUUGUCAAUAUGUUCCGAGGAUUGCGAGGAUCUAUCCUCUUUUUAAAGAAGUAACAAGAACUUCUGGUUUGGUGACUGAGACUGCUUGGGCUGGUGCUGCUUUAAACCUCUUCCUCUACAUGUUAGCUAGCCAUGUUUUUGGGUCAUUUUGGUACUUGAUUUCGAUAGAAAGGAAAGAUAGAUGUUGGCGUGAAGCGUGUGAGAAGAUAAAAGAAUGUGUUCAUGCGAACCUUUAUUGUUCACCAACACCAGGGGAAGACAAUAGGCGGUUUUUAAACGGUUCUUGCCCUUUGAUCGAUCCAGAGGAGAUCACGAACUCGACCUUUUUCAACUUUGGUAUAUUUACUGAGGCAUUGCAAUCUAGAGUUGUCGAGUCUGGAGAUUUCCCCAAGAAGUUCUUCUUUUGUUUCUGGUGGGGUCUCCGCAAUCUUAGUGCUUUGGGCCAAAACUUGAAGACAAGUGCCUUUGAAGGAGAGAUCAUCUUUGCCAUUAUCAUUUGUGUCUCUGGACUUGUCUUGUUUGCUCUUCUCAUUGGAAAUAUGCAGAAAUAUUUGCAAUCAACUACAGUAAGAGUGGAGGAAAUGAGAGUGAAAAGGAGAGACGCAGAGCAAUGGAUGUCUCACCGUAUGUUGCCAGAUGAUCUGAAGAAGCGUAUACGGCAAUACGAACAGUAUAAAUGGCAAGAAACCAGAGGAGUUGAGGAAGAAGCUCUUCUCUCUAGUCUUCCUAAAGAUCUCAGAAAGGACAUUAAACGCCAUCUUUGCUUGAAUCUGCUCAAAAGGGUGCCUUGGUUUAAAGCCAUGGAUGAUCGGUUACUGGACGCAGUAUGUGCACGUUUGAAAACGGUUCUUUACACAGAGAACAGUUACAUUGUGCGUGAAGGUGAACCAGUGGAAGACAUGUUGUUCAUAAUGAGAGGAAACCUAAUUAGCGCAACGACUUAUGGUGGCAAAACUGGAUUCUUCAACUCUGUUAUGUUAAAAGCUGGUGAUUCCUGUGGAGAUCUUCUCACUUGGGCACUAGAUCCGAACACUCCUCACUUCCCUAUCUCUAGUAGAACCGUUCAAGCUCUUACAGAAGUCGAAGGCUUUCUUCUCUCUGCUGAUGAUCUCAAGUUUGUCUCUACUCAGUAUCGUCGCCUCCAUAGCAAGCAACUCCGACACAUGUACAGGUUUUAUUCGGUGCAAUGGCAGACAUGGGCAGCAUGUUUUAUACAAGCAGCAUGGAAGAGACAUUGUAGAAGGAAGCUGUCAAAGGCUUUACGUGAAGAAGAAGGCAAACUACAGAACACUCUUCAGAACGACGAUUCAGGAGGCAACAAACUUAACUUGGGUGCUGCGAUUUAUGCGUCGAGGUUCGCUUCUCAUGCUCUGAGGAAUCUAAGGGCGAAUACAGCAGCACACAACUCUAGGUUUCCUCACAUGUUAUCUUUGUUGCCUCAGAAACCAGCCGAUCCUGAGUUUCCUAUGGAUGAAACCUAA